ACAUCGGAGGAGCCCCUUCAGAUCGCGUUCAGUGCGGAUACCGUCCGAGAUUCCGUUCCGUUUAAAGCGUUCAGCGUCCGUCGAUCGCCAGGCAGUUAAGUCCGCGACCUCGCGGCAUCCCGGUUGCAGUUCCCGGUUCAGUGUCGGGUCGAUCGAGAGUUUCGUGUUGAGGUAGAAAACAAUCCUCUACAACGGCUACAGCGGUGCAACGCAUUCUGAAACUGUUGAUGCAACGGCAGCAGAAACUGCUGCGGAAAUUAUUCCAACUGACUGCAUUGGCAAAACGUUAAGCAUACGCAGUGUUGUAAACAAAAAGCAAGCGAUACAGUGGAAAGCCAAAGAGCGAACGAGUGAGUGAAAAGUGAAACAUAUCGAAAAACAAUAAUUAUCUCGGGGAGUGCCAUCAACCAGCUACAUCCUGGGUAAUCUUUGGUUAAUCGUUCGAGAUUACCUCUUCGCCAAAAUGGGUCCCCCCACCUCCACCGAGCUGCCACCGAAGACCACGGAGCGCAGCGAUGCCCCUGUCGAGCUGACCGGCUACCGCAGGUGGCUAUCCGACAACCUCAUGUUGCUGGUCACCCUCUCCGGAGUCCUCCUGGGGGUAGUCCUGGGACUCUCGUUGCGGCCGCUUAACCUACACGGGGACUCCAUCAUGCUGAUCUCGUAUCCUGGCGAACUGUUCAUGCGAGUGCUGAAACUGAUGAUUUUGCCGCUGGUUAUAUCCAGCCUGAUUGCCGGAUCGGCCAGUCUUAAUGCCAAGAUGAAUGGCAAGAUAGCCCUCCGAACGUUGGUUUACUUCGCCAGCACCUCGUUCUUCAACGCCGCAUUGGGAAUUGCUCUCGUUCUGCUCAUCCAUCCUGGAAAUCCUGAUCUGCACAAUGCGGACGACCGGUCGACUGAUAGGCGGGCGGUGAAUUUACUGGAUAGCCUCUUGGAUUUGGGCAGAAACGUAUUCCCGGACAACCUGUUUCAGGCCUCCAUUCAGCAGGCGCACACCGUGUACUUGCCCAAGCCGACUAUCCUGCACGCCUUCAACGAGACGAUGAACGACACCUUGGUAUCCGGCGUGGAGGCCCAACGUCUGUCGGAGGAUCUUGCAGAGGAAGUGGUGCUGGUGAGGGAUAUCCAGUACCGCAGUGGAACCAACACCCUGGGCAUCGUAUUCUUCUGCCUGGUAUUUGGCACUUUUCUGGGAACCAUCGGCCAGAAAGGGCAGGUCGUGGUUGACUUCUUCGCCGCCAUUUUCGAGGUGAUCAUGAAGAUGGUGACCUGCGUGAUGUGGCUGACCCCCGUGGGCAUAAGUUCCGUGAUCGCCGGAAAGAUACUGAGCGUCGGCGACUUGGGCCUGGUCAUGUCCCAACUUAUGUGGUUCAUCGUCACGGUGGCCAUCGGCGUGCUUAUCUACCAGCUCGUGGUGAUGCAGGCCAUCUACUUUGUCGUCGUGCGUCGCAAUCCGUUCAAGUUCUACGCCGGACUCAUCCAGGCCAUGCUAACCGCCUUCGCCACGGCCUCAACCGCCGCCGCCCUGCCCAUCACAUUCCGCUGCAUGAACGAGAAACUCAAAGUGGAUCCGCGGAUCACGCGAUUCGUCCUGCCCAUUGGAUGCAACAUCAACAUGGACGGAACAGCUCUCUACAUCGCAGUGGCCUCGAUCUUCAUUGCCCAGAUGAGCGGUAUGGUUUUGGGCUUCGGGGAAAUACUCACGGUGCUCCUGACCUCCACGGCUGCCUCGAUGAGCUCGGCCAGCGUUCCGAGUGCUGCUCUGGUACUACUUCUCGUGGUGUUGACCGCCAUUGACGCUCCUGUCCAGGAUGUGACGCUCCUCUUCGCCGUGGAUUGGUUUGUGGAUCGCAUUCGCACUACGAAUAACAUGCUGGGCGACUGCUACACCGCCGCCAUUGUCGAGGAACUGUCGCGCAAAGAGUUGAUGGCUUUAGACGCCGCUUCCGUGAACUAUCAGGACAUGCCCGUUGGCACCCCCAACGGACAUGGACACCACGAGAGUGGACUGCUCGAGGGACAGACAGAGCUGGAGACGAGCAGCAAGUGCGUCAUGACUAUGACGGACUCGGUGGUGGUGGACAUGGGUGCGGUGAUGAACAACGUGAACCUGCAGCAGGAGCACUGCAACCGCAGGGUCUAGACGGGAUACUAGACCCAGAUCCGAUUUUAGUUCGUCAGCAUCAGCUCAGUAGUAGUCCCAGAACCAUCACCACCACAAAAAGAAUAACACCUUUGAUAUUCACCACCAAUAGACCACAGUGUUCCCCUUGGAAAAGUUUUUGAUAUAGAAUCUUUAAAGAACAACCAAUUGGACAUAUGAGUAUACCGAGAGACUGUCUGACGAACCCACCCGUAUUGAAUUUACUCCUCUUUUGGACCAGCGUCGAUAGCAAUUAAUUAGCCUGAACACUUAAAGGACUCCGCAUACGUAUAUAUCGAAUACUCACCUAGUAGGAACCGCAUAAGGAUAUUAUAGGCCACAUAGGAGCACACACAUUCUAUCUUAAGCCCCAAAGACGACGAUGAGACGCUAAGCGAGGGAUUCUUGUGAUCUGGCCCGGGAACUAUGGGCAUAAUCUAUGGGUAUUAUUUUGUAAGCUCGAUUGUGAUGGGGUCUCACUGAUUUGUUUUACAAUGUUGCUUAUUUCUACGUUAAAUAUGUGUCGUUCGGGUGUUUUACGGGAGGUCAAUCUAUAGGUUAUUGAUGGAAGCGCAGAAACGCAGGUUGUGCAAGAAGUUGGCCUAGGUUUAGUUUUAGUUUUAGUUUUAGUUAAACUGUUAACUCACCUUUGGUUACACGCCCCAGUCUGACAACUAACCAGUAGAGACUAUCAAUUAUUAACUACCCAUUUCCAAUCACCGAUACCAAAUAUCACACAUGCAUUCGUAGACUGAUAGCAGACUUAGUAGCGAUAACAAAUAUGUAUCUGCGUAUAUGCAAUACUUACUUACUAAUAUCCGACAUUCGAUUUGUACGCGACGCAUUCGCUGAAUACAAUAAAAGUUAUUAUACCACCUA